GUCGCUCCGCUCCGAUCCGAUCCGAUCCGCCUAUCCGCUCCCUCCGCCCGAAUCGUUUCUGGGUUUUUUGUUUUUGUUUCUGUGUAUCUGAUACGACGGCCAACUGAUGAGUCUCAAUUGUUUUCAUUAACGUUGUUCAGCGAAAUUUAUGCGCGCGACGACGACGAGUAUCGUUCCCUGAAUUCGGCCGCCCGAACCUAUCCCCGGAACAAGCGCUAACAAACACGCCCUCUACUGUCCUCUCCACCAUCCCCGCCCAACUCCGCCCAGUCCCCGUCCCGAUUCCCAGCUCCCAGGUCCACCACCACCCAACAAUACCACCCACCACCACCACCACCAGCCCUCCAACGUCAAAUGUCGAACAACAGUUUCGGAGGAGGUGCCACUGCCGCUGUGGCCACCAGUGGUGCAGCAUCACCAACACCAGCUGGCGGUGGUGUAGUAGGAGUGGGUGUGGGUGUGGGCGCAUUGGCAGGAGGCACUAUGGUUCCGGGUGGCGUCAAUGCUGACCUGUGGCGCGAAUGCGUCGCCUGGCUGGUGCGCUGCAAGGUCAUUCCGCCCGACCACAAGGCCGCCCAGUCUGACGCCGAAAUUCGCAUCCUGGCCAUGACCUUGCGGGACGGUGUUCUGCUCUGCAACCUGGUCAUCCAUCUGGAUCCCAGUAGUAUGGAUCCGCGCGAGUUCAAUCGCAAGCCCCAAAUGGCUCAGUUCCUGUGCAGCAAGAACAUCAAACUAUUCCUGGACGUGUGCCACAAUAACUUCGGGAUCCGGGACGCGGACCUCUUCGAGCCAACGAUGCUCUACGACCUCACCAACUUCCAUCGCGUGCUCAUCACGCUGGCGAAGCUGUCGCAGUGCCGCAAGGUGCAACAGAUGCACCCCGAACUGAUUGGCUUUAACCUGCAACUUUCGCCCAGCGAACGAUCCCACUCGGACGAGGCCAUCUACAAGGAUCUGCAUUCCACGGAGCUAAAUAUGCGCAAGACGAGCAGCAUUGAUGCCGCAUCCGGUUCAUCGUCGGCGGAAUACUACGAUCGCACCUCGCACAGCGGCUCCCUCUCGGUGGAGGAUGAGAACAGUGACAUAACCAUUGAGAACGGCACCGAGGACAUUGAGGACUUUCUCGAGGAUUCGCUAUCGAACAUGUGCGACUCGGCGAUCGAGAAUGACGGCGAGUUGAUUGGCGUUGGAGCUACCGGAACUGGAGGAGGAGUGACGCCUCGAAAUAUCCAAGAUGGCCAUUUGCGUGAUCUCUCCUUUGAUCUCAGCCUGGAUGUGAUGGGCGCGACUUCGUCCAAUGCCGUUACACCCACUCCGGAGUCCUGCGCCCAGCCAACCGAUGAAUCCCUGACAAAGUCCAGCACUUGCGCCGGCACUGCAGCCACUCCAGCUGCUGCUACGGGUCCUUCACUGCCCCGGCAUGUCAUUAGUUCCUCCUCCUCGGCGUCGCUGUUCGUCAGCGAGAGCCAGAGGCUUCAGCGGGCCGCCGCCGCCGUCUACAACUACCGAUCCUCGAUGGCGUCCGCGGAGCACGAGUACGCCUACAUCUACAGCGAGGACGAUGAGAAGGUCUACGAGGAUCUCUGCUAUGUCACCUUCCAGGCGAAGGCCAAACCCGAGGUUACAACCGACAAUAUUGCAUGCAAUGGAACUGGUUAUGACCACACCAAUACAAAAGAAGAGGAAGUCUACCAAGAUCUGUGUGCCCUGCACAGGACGAGUAGAAGCCAGACUGCUUCCACAACAAGCUUUGAGCAGAGGGACUAUGUCAUCCGGGAGCUAAUCGACACGGAAUCCAAUUACCUGGACGUGCUGAAUGCCCUGAAGAGCAAGUUUAUGCUGCCGCUGGAGCGACUUCUUGGCCAGGAUGAGCUAAAGGCCAUUUUUCCACGCAUAAGGGAACUGGCUGAUAUCCACACCAACUUCCUGCACAAGUUGCGCGAAUCCCUCACACCAAAUGCCAAGAUAAAGAUGGCCCAGGUCUUUAUGGAGUUCCGUGAACCCUUCCUCAUUUACGGCGAGUACUGCUCCUGCCUGCUGGGGGCCAUCGACAACCUGGCGGAUGUCUGCAAGAAGAACCAGAUAAUCGACCAGCUGGUCCAGAAGUGCGAACGCGACUACAACGUGGGCAAGCUCCAGCUGCGGGACAUUCUCUCCGUGCCCAUGCAGCGCAUUCUCAAGUACCAUCUGCUUCUGGACAAGCUGGUGAAGGAGACGUCACCGUCCCACGAGGACUAUCGUUCGUUGGAGCGCGCCAAGGACGCCAUGAUCGAUGUGUCGCAAUACAUCAACGAGGUUAAGCGCGACUCCGAUCACUUGGUGAUCAUACAAAAGGUCAAGGACAGCAUUUUCGACUUGCAUCUGCUCCAGAACGGAGCCGGCAGCGACCUCUUGCAAUAUGGGCGUCUGCUUUUGGAUGGAGAGCUCCACAUGAAGGCCCACGAGGAUCAAAAGACCAAGCUGCGCUACGCCUUUGUGUUCGACAAGAUCCUGAUCAUGGUAAAGGCGCUGCACAUCAAGACGGGCGACAUGCAGUACACCUACAAGGACUCGCACAACCUGGCGGAUUACCGCGUGGAGCAGAGUCAUUCGAGGCGCACCCUCGGCCGGGAUACCCGCUUCAAGUAUCAGCUAUUGUUGGCCCGUAAGUCCGGCAAGACGGCCUUCACCCUGUACCUCAAAUCCGAGCACGAGCGGGACAAGUGGCGCAAGGCCCUCACGGAGGCAAUGGAAAGUCUGGAGCCACCCGGCUGCCGCAGCACAGACCACAAAAUGGAGAUAUACACGUUUGAUGCUCCGACCACAUGCCGUCACUGCUCCAAGUUCCUCAAGGGUCGCAUCCACCAGGGCUACCGCUGCAAGGUGUGCCAGAUCAGUGUCCACAAGGGCUGUAUUUCCUCGACCGGGCGGUGCAAGCAGAAUCCCGUCAGUAUGCCUCCGCCCGUCUGCGAUCGCCAGCUGUCCGAGUUCAACUGGUUUGCCGGUAACAUGGACCGUGAAACGGCUGCCAACAAGCUGGAGAAUCGCCGCAUAGGCACCUAUCUCCUGCGCGUCCGUCCCCAGGGACCGUCCACGGCCCAUGAGACCAUGUAUGCUCUGAGUUUAAAAACCGACGACCAUGUCAUCAAGCACAUGAAGAUCAACCAGGAGAACGCUGGCGAGUCCAUGUUGUACUGCCUGUCGUCGCGAAGGCACUUCAAGACCAUUGUCGAACUGGUUUCCUACUAUGAACGCAAUGAUUUGGGCGAGAACUUUGCAGGACUCAACCAGUCGCUGCAGUGGCCCUUCAAGGAGGUGUUUGCCACUGCCCUGUAUGAUUAUGAACCAAAGGCUGGGAGCAAUCAACUGCAACUACGCACCGACUGUCAGGUCCUGGUUAUUGGCAAGGAUGGCGACAGCAAAGGCUGGUGGCGCGGCAAGAUAGGCGAUACUGUGGGCUACUUCCCCAAGGAGUACGUGCAGGAACAGAGAACGGCCAGCGAAGAACUUUGAUAUUACAACUACGAGGUCUACUUUGCACCCAAGGCCAUUACGCCGACAACGGCAGCCAUUGCUGAAUCACCUGGAUUUGGAGCCGGACCAGGAUCAUCUGGAACUAGAGCUAGAGCUGGAGCUGUUGCUGGAGCUGUGGGUGAGACAGAAGUGGGAUCUCCUGCCGGAGCAACAUAAGCAAAUCCCAAAAACAAAGAAGAAGUCAAGAGCCAGCUUCCCAGCGAGAAGCUAGAUUGCAUCCUAGUUAAUACACCCAUAUAUCUAAUUAUACAAAUUGUUUUAUUUUUAAAUUUCUAAUUAAGCACAAUUUUUUGUUUUUUUUUUUGUUAGUGAGUGUCUUUUUUUUUUAAAUCCAAACAAUUUUGUGCCAAUCACUGGAAAACGAAAACAAAAACCCACAUGACAUAACUAAACAAUCAACCACCAAUGUUCGUUUAAUGUUUAAAUUGUUUUUGAAUUGUAUAUUGCAAUUAUAUAUAUAUAUAUCCAUAUAGAAAUACAAAA